GUGUUGUUGGGCAAUAGCAAUUCUAAAAACCAAAAAUGGUGACACUCCUCUUAAGACUCAAUUCCUAAAACCCUAAACUAAACCCCCUAAUUUUUAACUAUCAAAUUCAGCAUUUUUCUGAUAAAGCCCUGAGAGUUGAGAAGCGAGUGAUAUCAGAAGAAGAAGACGAUGCAAACCAGAUUGUUGCUAAAAUGGCUGCUUCGAAACCCCUCAACUAGACCCACUUCUUCUUCUCAAUCUCAUUUCAAAACGGCCGUUAUACCCGUCACCGAACUCAACGAACAAGAUGACCAUGAUCCCAUCUACACACCACUCUCUUCUUCUCCUCCUUCUCCGCUCGUCAACCCAAUUCUCCUUCAGCCGCGUGUGGUGGUUUACGACGGCGUCUGCCACCUCUGUCACCGAGGAGUGAAAUGGAUCAUCAAACUAGACAAGUACAGGAAAAUCAAGUUCUGCUGCCUUCAAUCCGAGACUGCCGAGCCUUAUUUGCGCCUCUGCGGUCUUGAUCGAGACGAUGUUCUUCGUCGAUUUCUCUUCGUCGAGGGUCCUGGUGUGUUCCACCAAGGCUCCGCGGCUGCGCUCAGAGUGGCCUCCUACUUGCCAUUCCCGUACUCUGCUUUGAGCGUUUUUGGGGUUGUUCCGACUCCGAUCAGAGAUUCCGUGUAUGAUUAUGUUGCGAAACACCGCUAUGACUGGUUCGGGAAGGAGAACGAUUGUUUGGUUCUGCAAGAGAAGGAAAUGCUCGACCGAUUCAUCGACAGAGAAGAAAUCAUGGGUCGGGAAGUAUCGGAUUCGCAGUGAGGUCAGUUCAUUCGAUAGACUGUUUUUCUCUAUUGGGUAUAAUUCUGUAUUUGAUAUGGUGUAAUUGGAAAUGUUAAUGUUUGUAGGCCUGUAUGUAUAUAUUUGGAUCAUAAAAAUUGAAUUUUUAUGUUCA